AACCCAGCCCAAGAAAUUUGCUAAAGUUCGUAGUGCCCGCUUGUAAUCGGAAUCGGACGAGAAUGGCUGGAGCAGCAACGUUAUCCCCGUUGAUCAACAUCACACACCUUCACUCCUCGCUCUCACCGGCGGCAAAGUUCUCCUUCCCUCACCACCACUACACCCAUCGUAGAAAGCCCAUAAUCAGCAUUUGCCAGAGCCAGGAUGGUGUGUGGUCUCAGCUUAACACUUCAAUCGGCGAAGAAGCAGAGGAGAUUGAUGGGGCUUUCUUUGAAGGCGAUGAUGUGGUCGAGGACGAGAGCGACGAGGAAGAUACAGAAAGCAGCGUUGAUUUGUUGAUCAGGUUCCUGCAAAGCAUGCUCAAGAAAGUCUCCAAGCGUGCCAAGAGGGCCUCGCGCUCUGUUUUGCCUUCCGCAAUACCGCCCCAGCUGGUGUCUUUUGCAGUUGAUGGGAUUCUACUGUUGGCUGCACUUUCUAUUCUUAAAGCACUUCUUGAGGUGAUCUGCACCCUUGGAGGCUCUGUGUUUGUGGUGAUCCUGCUCCUACGCGUGAUAUGGGCAGCCGUUUCUUAUUUCCAAUCAAGUGGGAGCGGUUUUAACCAGGGCGGAAGUUCUUUUGGAACAACACAGCCUGUUGCAUAAUCUUCGCAACUUGGCCGGAGCGCAGAUGUAAAUAGGAAGUGUAAAUUUAAGUAGGAAGUGAUUCAAACUGCUUUGUUAUUAAAUGGUUCAUGUACCCUAUUGGAGGUGGAUUUUAGGCUAAUUUUAUGGCUCGUCUUCUUUAUACA